AUGAACGAGAUGAUCUUAAAGCCGGGUCACCGACGAGGGCAAGUGCAAGGCAGACGUUGGUGAGAUGAGGCUUACGACAUGGAACGUCAACGGAAUACGUAACCCGUUUUCAUACCAGCCAUGGAAUCAAGCUCGCUCAUUCCCUGCCAUGUUCGAUAUCCUGGGUAGUGACAUCGUUGUCAUGCAGGAGCUCAAAAUACAACGCAAAGACCUCCGAGACGAUAUGGUCUUGCUUGACGGGUGGGACUGCUACUUCAGUCUGCCCAAGCAUAAGAAAGGCUACUCUGGCGUGGGCAUCUACACCAGGAAUGCAACCUGUGCGCCGGUGAAGGCAGAGGAGGGCCUUCUGGGUGUACUGCCUUCGCCGAACGGGACACCUUAUUGUCAGCUCCCGGAAGAUCAGAGCAUUGGAGGCUAUCCUAGCGAAUUGCAGGUUGCCGAGCUGGGUGUUGAUCCCAUGGUACUUGACGCGGAGGGCAGGUGUGUGAUGGUGGAAUUCCCAGCGUUCGUCCUACUUGGUGUAUAUUCUCCAGCGAACAGCAACGGCCUGCGUGACGACUUUCGGUACGGCUUCAUCUGCGCGUUAGAUUGCCGCAUUCGCAAUCUCAGCAAAGCCGGCAAGCGGGUGGUACUCGUAGGUGAUCUCAACGUUUCCCGUGACGAAAGAGAUACUGCGUCUGCGCUUGAGGAUAUGCGUAAAGCCGGGAUUACGCACGAAGAGUACAUCAGCACGCCAAACCGCCGCAUCUUCAACCAGCUGCUGGUUGAUGGCGAAGUUGUUGGCGAACGAGACGAUGGUCGCGAGUCUGGCCUUCUGUGGGACACCUGUCGCGCAUUUCAUCCUCAACGGGAGCGGAUGUAUACGCACUGGGAACAGAAGAUCAACGCACGCCCGGGGAACUUUGGCAGCAGAAUCGACUUUGUCCUGGUAUGCGAAGAGAUGCAGACCUGGGUCAAGGAUGCAAACAUUCAAGAAGGCUUAGUUGGGUCUGAUCACUGUCCCGUCUACGCGGACUUCCAUGAUGAUGUGAUGUGUGCUGGGGAGACGGUGAAGCUUGCUGAUGCCAUGAACCCAGCAGGCGUCUUCUCGCGUGGAUUCCGUGCAAGGGAGUGGCGACUUUCAGACGUACCAGUCUUCUCUGCUAAAAGACUUCCGGAGUUUGAGAGACGAAGGAGCAUCAAGUCCAUGUUCUCCACACCGAGCCUCAUCAAGCAGUCUUCGACGCAGGUUGCGCAGGGCGUAUUUGAUGCUGAGCGAAGUUUCAUACCAUCCCCACCACAGCGCGAGAGUGAGGAGCCUCAUACAACAGUACCGCUAAGUCAAGAAAUUGCGUCGACAGCACCUACAGCGCACGACAACCAGUCGUCAUCGGGGGUAAAGCGAAAAGCAUCUAUGGCUACAAAGCUCAAGUCAUCGAAGCGGCAGAAAUUGGAUGGCGCUGCGCCUUCUUUGAAAGGCCAGCAAAGCUUGAAAGGCUUCUUUCAGUCAGGCAGAGCCGAGGUAGACACCACUGCGUCUACACAGUCUUCGACUGCCAUCGAGCCGGACGCAGCUGGUGUACUGACAACGCCGGAGACUUCACCUAUCAAAAGCACAGACGGCGGCAUCAAUGCAAGUGCUACUCCCGCCUAUGAUCCGACCACGCACCUACCCGACCUGGACUCCAAUCUCCCUCCAUCCUCUCAGUCUUCGACGACAUCUCCGUCAAGAGUUUCCGCGAAACUUGCAGCUGUCGAGCGGACGCAGAGGUCUUGGUCCACCCUCUUCUCCCGUCCAGUAGCGCCCAUGUGCGAAGGACAUGACGAGCCCUGUAAAAGCAUGCUGACGAAGAAGAAAGGCUCCAAUCAAGGCCGCAGUUUCUGGAUGUGUGCGAGACCUCUGGGACCGAGUGGAAACAAGGAGAAGGGUACCCAAUGGAGAUGUCCAACCUUCAUUUGGUGCUCAGACUGGCAGAAUGGGAAAGGGGAGGCGAAGGAUGGUGGAAACGGCUGACGCAGGAUUAUAUGCGCGGCGAUCUCUCUCAUCAUGCCGAAGGUUGAGCGGCACAUAUGAAGGCAGUUCGCCGAAGGUAGUGCCGGUAUGCCGGAAGUGCAGAUGGACUGCAUUGGUUACCCAUCGUCGUUGUUUUAUGUACUUGUGCUAACGCCGUGAACGCCAUCUUAUCUCACUCGUC